AUGGCUGCAGAGAGCGUGACCCUCGAUAACCUCGAAGAAGUGCUCGAAGAUGACGGCCAGGUCAAGGUCGCCGGCUUCGACGCCGAUGGCAUACUUCGCGGCAAACUCGUGUCGAAGCGGAAGUUCCUCUCGAUCGCCCAAGAUGGGUUUGGGUUCUGCUCCGUUAUCUUCGGCUGGGACAUGCACGACCAGACAUACUUCAAGGAGCUGGGGAUAAGCAAUAAGGAGAACGGAUAUCGAGAUCUGGUGGCUGUUCCGGACCUGAGCAGCUUCCGGAGGAUACCGUGGGAGCGCAACGUGCCUUUCUUCCUGGUCAGCUUUCUUGACCCGGAGACCAAGAAGGCGAUCUCAGCGUGUCCGCGCGGGCUGCUGAGGGCUGCUACCGCUGGAUUGGAGGAGAAGGGCUACAGGGCCAUGGCUGGAGGUAUGAUACGCACUACGCCAAUGCAUGAGAUGUGA